AUCAUCUAGAAUUUAUUGUUUUAAUACACCGUGACAUAUAUAAUAGCAUUGCAAAAUUUAUUUUUCCUUUGUAUUGAUUUUUGGUGUUAUAGAUAGUUUUAUAAAGAUGUCAACAAGUGUUCCUUUAAUUGUGAGGCUAUUAGCAUCAUCUGUGUCUGUAGCUGGUAGAGCUGGUAAAAUAGUAAGAGAUGUUAUGAGCAAGGGUGAACUUGGUAUUGUAGAAAAGGCAAAAGACGACUACCAAACAGAAGCUGAUAGAUCAGCUCAGAGAUGUAUUAUUGCGUCUUUGUCAUCUCAAUAUCCAAAAAUUAAUAUUAUAGGAGAAGAAGAUAAUCCUGAUAAUGAGGGUGAUGUUUGUAGUGAUUGGUUAACAAUAGAUGCUGAUAAAGAAGUUUUAUGCCUUGAAUGCCCUUCUGAGUUGCAAGGCAUUAAGGAAGAAGAUAUUGUAGUAUGGGUGGAUCCUCUUGAUGGAACUUCUGAAUACACCCAAGGUGCCCUUAUGUUGAAGAGAGAUCCUUGGGAAAGAUGGAAAAUGUAUUUGACUCACCCACUUAUAAGUAUCAAGUGGUAUUUAAGUUUACUACAGUCACACUAUGGUUUCUUAGAACAUGUGACAGUACUUAUUGGUAUUUCAGUCAAUGAAAAACCAGUUGCUGGUGUUAUUCACCAGCCAUAUUAUAAAAAUGUAGGAAGUGAAAACAAAACUGGUAGAACUAUCUGGGGUCUGCAGGAAAUUGGUGUCGGUGGAUUUACCCCAGCUCCUCCACCAAACUCUCUUAUUAUCACAACAACAAGAAGUCAUUCAAAUCCAGUUGUAGAGAAAGCAUUACAAGUAAUGAAUGCAUCUCAGAUUCUAAGAGUUGGUGGUGCAGGAUUCAAGGUCUUACAAUUGCUUGAAGGAAAAGCAUCCGUUUAUGUUUUUGCUAGCCCCGGCUGUAAAAAAUGGGAUACAUGUGCCCCUGAAGCAAUUCUUUCUGCUGCUGGUGGCAAAUUAACUGACAUCCUAGGUCACAAUUAUAAAUAUGGAGCCUCAGAGCCGAGACCUAAUAAAACUGGAGUGUUAGCUGCUGUUAAUGCUGAUCUUCAUAACUAUGCACUGAAUCGAAUACCACAAGAACUAAAAGAAAAACUAGCAAAUAAGUGAAAAUAUAAAUAUGUUAUAUAAUAGAAGAAUCAAUGCUAUAAAUUUCUACCCAUUCAGAAAAUAAUUAAUAUAUACACUUUUCACAAAAAAACAA